CUCCCAGCUCCCUCGGGCCUGACUUCCGGUUUGCGUGCGCGUCCCUGUCGCCGAGCCUGCGGACAACGGCAGCCCCUUUCCGGCUGUGUACUGCUCGUCCUCCCUUCCAGCCCCCCUCGGCAGCAUUUCCCCUUCGCGGUACGCGACGCGGCCGCGGGCCCGAGCGGGCGCAGAGGAGACCGGCGCCGGCGGGCCUGGGUCUCGCGCGCGUGUUGCUGGGUAACGGGCCUUCUCCCGGCCCUACUCGGCCCUCGCAUCUCGGCUUGCCACGCCUUCCAGAGCCGCCGGGGUCCCAGCCAAGCCGCGGGGCUGCGCCGAUAUUGGCGUAGCCGAGGCCAAAGAAAUGGGAAUCUCUCCGCGGUGUACUCGGAGCGGCUGCCUUAGCUGGGGAAGCGGUGGUGUCUUCGAGGAAACCGGAAGCCCGUCGUGACCCCUAGCGACCCGGUUUGUUUUCGGUCCGUUUCCAAACACGGGAAUCGAAACUCAGCGGCCCUACGUAGCCUGUCUUCGGGCUGUCAUGGAUACACUGGUAGAAGAUGAUAUCUGCAUUCUUAAUCAUGAAAAAUCCCACAGGAGAGAUACAGUGACUCCAAACUCAAUAUAUUCAGGAGAUGAGUCUGUUGCUUCUCAUUUUGCCCUGGUCACUGCAUAUGAAGACAUCAAAAAACGACUUAAGGAUUCAGAGAAAGAGAACUCAUUCUUAAAGAAAAGAGUAAGAUUUUUGGAAGAAAAGCUUAUAGGAGUUCGAUUAGAUGAAGAAACAAGUUCUGUGGGACGAGAACAAGUAAAUAAAGCCUAUCAUGCAUAUCGAGAGGUUUGCAUUGAUAGAGAUAAUUUGAAGAACAAACUGGAUAAAAUGAAUAAAGAUAACUCUGAAUCUUUGAAAGUAUUGAAUGAACAAUUGCAGUCUAAAGAAGUAGAACUCCUCCAGCUAAGGACAGAAGUGGAAACUCAGCAGGUGAUAAGGAAUUUAAAUCCACCUUCAUCAAACUGGGAGGUGGAAAAGUUGAGCUGUGACCUGAAGAUCCAUGGUUUGGAACAAGAACUAGAACUAAUGAGGAAAGAGUGUAAUGAUCUCAAAAUCGAGCUACAAAAAGCCAAACAAACGGAUCCAUCUCAGGAAGACAAUCUGCAGAGCAGAGAUCUCCAAAGACUAAGCAUUUCAAGUGAUAAUAUGCAGAAUGCAUACUGGGAACUGAAGAGAGAAAUGUCCAAUUUACAUCUGGUGACUCAAGUACAAGCUGAACUACUAAGAAAACUGAAAAACUCCACUGCAAUCAAGAAAGCCUGCACCCCAGUAGGAUGCAUGGAAGAGCCUGGGAAAGACAGCACAAAAUUGCACUUGAUGAAUUUUACUGCAACAUACACAAGACAUUCCCCUCUGUCACCAGAUGGCAAAACUCCGUGUCAUACCACAUCUUCCCCUUCCCCCGGAGAUACAAAGGUUCUACAAGAGAAAGCAAUUCUCCAAUCGUGGACGGAUAACAAGCGACCCCUUCCUCAUGAUGGUACAAACUUUCAGGAACACAACUCUUAUGGAAGAAAUUCCCCAGAAGAUACUUCUUGGGUAUUCCCAAGCCCUCCUAAAUCAAGUGAGGCAGCAUUUGGGGAAGCGAAAAAUAAAACUUUGCCUUUACCCAACCUGCCACCACUGCAUUACCUGGAUCAACAUAAUCAAAACUGCCUUUAUAAGAAUUAAUUCUGAAGACAGUCAUGAUUUGGUCAUGAGGUUGCUGCAUUUCCUAUGAUUCUUUUGAGAAACUAUUUAACUGAAAGUGUGUUUUGAUCAAACUUUUGCAGAAUUCUUCAGCAUACACAUUUGCACAUACUGUACCAUAUCCUAUAGUUGAUUUUCCAGUAUGAAAGAGGAACCCUCCAGCCUCACAGUCUGGCUAAGAAUCAGAUAUAUGCUACUAAUAAAUUAAUUAAUAAACUUAAGGUGUUUCAAAAAGACAAUUCUACCUUUGAUGAUGAUAAUGGUCAAUUUCUGCCUCUCACAUAAAGAAUAGAAUUGAAAGUUUUUAGACACAGUUUACAAAGCAUGUGAAAUGCCUAAAUAGCUAUUCAUUAAAAGUAGAGGAAGCCAUUAAUAUCAGAGGAAAAUCAUAGAAGUUGCUUUAAGUUGCAUAAAGGAGCAUGUGGCAAUGUUAUAGGUUAUAUUCUGUUGAACUAGUGCUUAAAGAUAGGAAAAAUAUAAUAGUAUGUAGGUUAGUUCAUCUCUAUAUGCUAUUGUAUUUCAGAGUUUAAGAUUUAAAAUCAUUUUUUAAUCACAGUGUUGAUAAAAUUUGCAGUUUGAAUUUUAAGAUUUGAAGUAACCUGAUCACCGAAGCCAAGUUUGUCCCAUUACAUCCCUCAAGUCCUAAUUGAAAAGUGAUAAAAUAGUUGAAAAUCUGCGUGGUGUGUGAAUAAACUAUUAAAAUCCUAUACUACAUCCAAUUAGAAGUAGAAAGGGCAUCACAAAGGUUUUAGUCUAAUCUGUCCCUUCGGUGGUCCAUAAUGAAGAUCUAAAUGCGUGUGUAACUGUCUAAAGUCAUUUUCUUCAAAGGGUCUAUGCCUGCGUGUUACAUAGAGCAGCUUAUAAAUUGUUCAACUUUACUCAUUGAGUGAAUUUUAAUUAACUGAAUUAGGAAUUUUAAUUCUGGAAACCAAAUUCUGUGCUGUACUGAUAUAGUACAAUCAUGAAAUGUUCCCAAACUUUUGAUUCUAAGUGGCCAUUCAUUUAUAAGCAGGUAAGCAAAUAAUAGGAAUGGCUUCACAUGGAAACUUAUCUAAAUUCUUUCAGGGUUACGGUAUUAAGAACAUUAGUAAUAUAAUGUGUUAUUUGAUUCAUACAUCCUUUGCCUAAAAGUGUUUCAUGUAGGAGGCCUUUAUCCUUUUUGAUAGACAGUUUCAAAUAUCUUGAACUCGAAAGAAUAUCUCAGAUCUCUUAUAUUAAUGAAUAGCAUACAUAAACAGUGUUCACUGUUCACUAGAUAUUUUUGUCUUUCUAUUAUCUUACUCACUUAUUCAAGCUUGUCUGUGAUUAAUGGAAUUGGUGUCAGAUGCUGGAAUUUAUUCUGACCAAUGAACACAGCUGACUCAAGGGAGUAGAAUCUCCUGCCAAGUAAUAGAACAAAACACAAUAUGCAUAAAACAAAUAUGAGACUCCAGGCUUUAGCUGAAGGAAGCAACUACCUGUGUAAUAUCAAAGCAACAGAGACUAUUUCUCAUGUGGCUGCAUAGGUUGUAUACUGUAUCUAAUCGCUAAUGUAGCUUACUGGUUUGCCUUUUUUAAAACCAAGAUUGGAAAUUUUACUUUGCAAAGAAAAUAGGUCAUAUGAAAUAAUGGCUUGAUUAAUGUUUUGAAAAAUGCCAAGAAAUUGUUUAAUUAAAAUAAAUUAUUUUUGUUUGAAAUUGAA